AUGGAGGUCGGACGGAACUGGGGAGGGGGCGCUGGCCAGGGUGGUCUCAGGCCCUCCCCACUAAAGUCAGCUCGACCCAGGGCCUCUCUGCGCAGCCCAGCGCGGCUUGCCGGAGAGGCUCCUAGGACCGGAGGGGAAGCCGCUCUGAACCGGAAUGAUCUGGUUUGGAGCGGGUUGGCUCCCUCCCUGCUCCCCCGCCCACUGCUCUCCCUCUCCUUCAGCGACGGGCUGGUUUUUGCCGCAGUCCCUGACCAAGAAAACCCUUCCAGGGGGCAGCUCAGCCCGGGGACAACCACAGAGGUGGGAUCUGGCCCCAAAGACAGGUGUCACCUGAAACAGGCCACUGUUGUCCGGCUGCAGUAUGCUGGGAGGACCAGCUCCCGCUCCACCCUGCUCCCCCUGGGAGGAAGGUUGACCCCUGCGUGGGAGUGUGACUGUGGAAAGGCAUCCUUGCUGCAGCUGUGACUGUGACGGGACAGCAGAGUCAUGCAUAGGAUUCUAGGGCUGGGGGUCCCAGAGGGGUGGCCCCGCCCCUCCUGGGGGCCAAGGACUGUCACCAUGUCACUACGGCACUCUCCAGCUGCUGACCGAAGCCCUCGCUGACCACAGCCCUGCCACAUUCCAGGUCUUCCCUCUGUAGCAACGUGAAGAGACUGCAGUGAGGUGUGGAACUGGGCAGUUCUUCUGGAUUCAUUAAAAACUGGUUCCACCACA